UUGUUACGUGUAACACAGAUAAAAUACUAAAACAAUUUUGGGAAAUCGAAGAGGUAGAAGCUACACAAAAAAUGUCGGCAGAAGAAACAAAAUGUGAAGAACAUUUUCAAAAAACUCAUCGAAGACAAGAAACUGGACGCUAUUCAGUCUCAUUUCCCUUUAAGGAAGAAAAACCAACGUUAGGAGACUCCAAGCAAAUGGCAUUUCGUCGGCUUCAGGCAUUAGAAAGAAGACUAGAAAAGGAUCCACACAUUCGUACUCAAUACAAUGAUUUCAUGAAGGAGUAUGAAAAUAAACACCACAUGUCUGAAGUCUCAACUACUGAAGAGUGUUACUAUAUACCUCGUCAUUGCGUCAUACGAGAAUGCAGCGAAACCACGAAGCUCCGAGUGGUUUUUGAUGCCUCAGCCAAGUCAUCGAACAAUAAAUCACUAAAUGAACAAAUCUGUGUGGGACCUAAAAUCCAAGAUGAUAUAUUUGAAAUCUUCCUUCGUUUCCGUACGUGGAAGAUUGCUAUAUCGGCAGACAUAGAAAAGAUGUUCAGACAGAUAUCUAUGAACAAUGAAGAUAGAAGAUGGCAACGUUUUCCUGAAGCGUCGACAGUGGUUGAACGUGACUUCUAUGUGGACGAUUUAAUGACAGGUACAGACGAAGGCCAGGAGGCAGUUUAUUUGUGUCAACAGCUUACAGAGAUGCUAAAUAAAGGACAAUUUUAUCUUCGCAAGUGGAUCGAUCUCAAAUGA